CAUUCUCCAUGAUCCCAGAAUUCACUUCUCGUCGUCGAGAAGGUGACAGGGGACACAAAUCAUGGCAUCGUAUCUUACUCACCAGCAAAAGGUUCUCAGACUUUACAAAAAGUCUCUAAGGCACCUCGAAUCGUGGUGUGUAUUUAGGGAUAAAUAUCGCUUCUACGCUUGUCUGCUGAGGGCACGGUUUGAUGAAACCAAGACUGAGAAGGACUUCGCUAAAGCCACUUUGGCACUGAAAGCCGGAGAAGAGGAAUUCUGGGCUAAUCAACAUCCUCAGCCCUACCUCUUCCCUGACUCUCCCGGAGGGACUUCUUAUGAGAGAUACGAAUGCUACAAGGUCCCUGAGUGGUGUUUGGACCAUUGGCAUCCUUCUGAACAAGCUAUGUAUCCAGACUAUUUUUCAAAGAGGGAGCAAUGGAAGAAACUCCGUGCUCUGUCAUGGGAUAGAGAGGUCCAGCAGCUGCAAGAGGAGACCCCAGUCGAUGGCCCCAAGGGUGAGGCCCUUCCUCCUGCCAGAAAGGACGGUGACCUCCCCCCUAUGUGGUGGCAGUUUGUCACCCGACCCAGGGAGCGCCCAAUGUAAGAGUGCAGAUCAGGACUGGCCAGUGAUUUGCCAUUGCAUGUCUUGAGACUAGGAUUUCAAACCAUGCCACUGGUCCUGAACAAAUGUAUUUAUUUACCAGUUUGAGAAUGGUCAGAGUAAAGACACCACCUACCUGUUGCAACAUGUAUGAGCACCUGUUGUUCCUGUUAACUGGUGAAUGAGUUGAAGAAAUUAUAAAUAAAUGUAUAUUGUAAAAUCCUAUAAAA